AUGGAACAAUCUGGUAAACUUGUGAAGGUUUUGUUGAAGAACACGAACAAUCCGAGAUUAGCAUGGAGAAUCUUCAAGAGGGUUUUAUCUUCUCCUUCCAACGAGAGUCAUGGAAUCUCCUUUUCUGCAGCACCCACGAUUGCUCGUAUCCUCGUUCGAGCCAAAAUGCACGAAGAAAUCGACGAACUUCACAGUCUUAUGCUCUCUUCGCCAAUCGAAAACGCAAAGUUUUCUUCUUUUCUCUCUGUUGUUUCAAUCUUCGCUAAAUCGGAUUACAUUGACAAGGCUUUUACGCAGUUCCAAUUCUUACGUUCGCGGUUCCCUGAAAACCUCACCGGAAUCUAUUUGUAUAAUGUGUUGUUGGAAGGUUGCAUAAAGGAAAGACGUGUGGAUUUCGUUUCGUGGCUGUAUAAGGAUAUGGUUCUUUGCCGGAUUGCUCCACAGACUUAUACGUUCAAUCUAUUGAUACGUGCUUUGUGUGAUUCGAGUUGUGUGGAUGCCGCUCGUAAGUUGUUCGACGAAAUGCCAGAGAAAGGUUGUAAACCAAAUGAGUUUACUUUUGGGAUUUUGGUUCGUGGGUAUUGUAGAGUUGGUCUGCCUGAUAAAGGACUAGAGUUGUUGAAUUCGAUGGAAAGUUUUGGGGUUUUGCCAAAUAAAGUUGUGUAUAAUACCAUCGUUUCGAGCUUCUGCAGGGAAGGCAGGAACGAUGAUUCCGAAAAGCUAGUGGAGAAGAUGCGAGGGGAAGGUUUUGUUCCUGAUAUUGUAACUUUUAAUUCUAGGAUAUCAGCGCUUUGUAAAGAAGGAAAGGUUCUGGACGCGUCUAGAAUUUUCAGGGAUAUGGAGCUAGAUGAAUAUUUGGGUCUUCCUCGUCCCAAUAGGAUAACGUAUAACUUGAUGCUGAAAGGAUUCUGCAAGGUAGGGAUGCUGGAGGAAGCCAAAACCAUCUUUGAGUCCAUUAAAGAAAAUGAUGAUAGUAUGCAGAGUUACAAUAUUUGGCUGCAGGGAUUGGUCAGACAUGGGAAGUUUAUAGAAGCUGAAACAGUCCUUAAGCAAAUGAUUGAUAAGGGAAUAUGGCCUAGUAUUUAUUCUUACAAUAUCUUGAUGGAUGGAUUGUGCAAAUUGGGCAUGCUAUCCGAUGCAAAGGCUAUUAUUGGUUUAAUGAAAAGAAAUGGUGUUUCCCCAGAUGUUGUAACUUAUGGCUGUCUUCUACAUGGUUAUUGCAGUGUAGGAAAAGUCGACGCAGCGAAAAGCUUAUUGCAGGAAAUGAUGAAGAAUAAUUGCUUACCAAAUGCUUAUACUUGCAAUAUUUUACUCCAUAGCCUAUGGAAAUUGGGAAGAAUAUCUGAAGCUGAAGAGUUGCUGCGUAAGAUGAAUGAAAAAGGUUAUGGACUAGAUACUGUCACCUGCAAUAUUAUUGUUGAUGGACUCUGUGGAAGCGGCGAUUUAGAUAAAGCUAUUGAAAUAGUUAAGGGAAUGCGGGUGCAUGGAAGUGCUGCUCUUGGUAACCUAGGCAAUUCAUAUAUUGGACUGGUGGAUGACAGCUUGAUAGAGAACAAUUGCUUGCCUGACCUGAUCACCUAUUCAACUUUACUUAAUGCUUUGUGCAAAGCCGGAAAGUUUGCUGAAGCAAAAAAGCUGUUUGCGGAGAUGAUGGGAGAGAAACUGCAACCAGACUAUGUUGCGUACAACAUUUUCAUCCAUCAUUUCUGCAAACAGGGGAAACUAUCAUCUGCAUUUCGCGUUCUCAAAGACAUGGAGAAGAAAGGUUGUCAUAAGAGCCUAGAGACCUAUAACUCGUUAAUCUUGGGCUUAGGCAUAAAAAAUCAGAUAUUUGAAAUUCACGGACUGAUGGAUGAGAUGAAAGAAAAGGGCAUUUCACCUAAUAUCUGCACCUACAAUACUGCGAUUAAGUAUCUUUGUGAGGGAGAAAAAGUUGAAGAUGCAACUAACCUCUUAGAUGAAAUGAUGCAAAAGAAUGUAUCCCCAAAUGUAUUUUCCUUCAAAUAUUUGAUUGGAGCGUUCUGUAAGGUCCCUGACUUUGACAUGGCUCAAGAAGUGUUUGAGACUGCUGUUAGUAUCUGUGGACAAAAGGAAGGCCUUUACAGCUUGAUGUUCAAUGAGUUGCUUGCUGCAGGGCAACUCUUAAAGGCUACAGAGUUGCUUGAAGCUGUUUUAGAUAGAGGUUUUGAGCUGGGGAAUUUUCAUUAUAAAAAUCUUCUUGAGAGCUUAUGUAAGAAGGAUGAGAUCGAAGUAGCUAGUGGAAUUUUGCAUAAGAUGAUAGACAAAGGAUAUGGGUUUGACCCUGCAGCAUUGAUGCCUGUGAUAGAUGGCUUAGGUAAGAUGGGAAACAAGAAAGAGGCAAAUAAUUUUGCUGAGAAGAUGAUGGAAAUGGCUUCAGUUGGUGAAGUACAAAACAAAGUCGAUCCAAAUGCGAGACAUUUACACCAGAAUAACUGGCAGAAUAUAUUGCACAGGCACCAUUUCAAUAGAGAUGACGGCAGUGGAAUUGCACUUAAAUCUCUGACAAGGGUUAAAAAAGGAUGGGGUCAGGGGGAUCUAUCAAGCUUCGAGCCUCAGAGAGUUGACUACUUAGACUACUUUGAGGACGAUGAUUAG